CUUAGAUUGAGUCAGUAGGUCUGUCAGUCAGGGGUUGACGUCUAUGUGGUGAGGUUUGGAACCACUAACCCGGUUAACUUAUCACCAUGGUUGAGACCUGUAGUGGGAAGGAGACUAGCCCCUACACCACUGAGCAGCAAGAAAAGAUGGCCGCCUUAGUUAGAGAGAAUAUGGAGAGGAAAGAGCGUGAAAAGCAAGCCAAGCUAAAGGCUAUCGCACACGAGCAGGCGGCGAAGAUGAAGAGAUUGGAGGAGGAGAUGAAGAGGGUACAACAGGAGGAGGAAGAAAGAAGGAAGGCUGCUGAAGCAGAAGCGGCCGCAGAAGAAGAGAAAGAGAGAAUGAGAAUUGAGAGUGGAGAAGGAAUUAGUGGCACGAAGAAGGACACAGACGCGGAGAUUGAAAAGAAGAUAAGCGAGUGGGUUGCUAACUUAUCAUUGGGGGAAGACGAAGAGGCGGGGUCAUACGUGCCUGAGGAUGAAAAGGCCGCAUUGGCCGCUGAGCUAGCAGCCAUGACGGAUCCUAUGGAGCGAAGAGAGCGGGAAGACGAGCAAAAGUUGCAGUGGAAGCUGAGGAUGAAGAGGGAGAAGAGGAGGAGGAGAGAAGAGGUGAACAAGAUGACCUCAGCAGUGGCAAAAGUGCAGGAGUGUAGAGCGGAGCACAGGAUAGAGAUAGAGCCUGGCAGUAGAAUUCCUAAGGGCGCAUUCUACAGGAUGUCCCCUAGAGAGUUAGAGGAGCUUCGCAAACAGUUAGACGAGCUCCAUGAGAAAGGUUGGAUCAGGCCCAGCUCGUCUCCUUUUGGAGCACCCGUCCUGUUCGUCCCAAAGAAGGAAGGAGAGCUACGUAUGUGCAUAGACYAUAGGGGUUUGAAUGCGAUUACCAUGAAGAAUGCUGAACCGGUGCCCAGGAUAGACGAUCUUUUAGAUCGGUUGCAGGGGUGCAAGUAUUUCUCUAAGAUAGACUUAAAGUCCGGAUAUCAUCAGAUAGAGGUCCAUUCUGAUGACCAGUACAAGACUGCGUUCCGGACGAGAUACGGGCAUUAUGAGUUCACAGUGAUGCCCUUUGGACUAACCAACACGCCAGCUACUUUUCAACGUUAUAUGAAUGACCUGUUUAGACCGUGGUUAGACAAAUUUGUGGUAGUUUAUCUAGAUGAUAUUCUAGUUUUUAGUAAGACCUUCCAGGAGCACCAGCGUCAUCUGAGGCAAGUCUUGGAGAAACUUAGAGAGGCUAACUUCAAGAUCAAUGCGAAGAAGUGCGAGUGGGCGAAGACACAAGUCUUAUGCGUGGGCCACGUGUUGGACGGAGAUGGCAUUAAGCCAGAGGACAGCAAGAUCGCGGCGAUCAGAAAUCGGCCGACGCCCCGCACAUUGACCGAGUUGCUGUCGUUCCUAGGCUUAGCUAACUACUACAGAAAGUUCGUGAGGAACUUCUCCACUAUCGCCGCUCCCUUGCGCAGGUUGUUGAAGAAAGAGACGAUUUGGCAAUGGGAUAAAGACUGUACGUCUGCGCUCAAAAAGUUAAAGCGCGCGUUAAUAGAGUAUCCUGUCCUCAAGGUUGCAGACCCGUCCUUGCCAUUUGUCGUCACCACGGACGCAAGAGUGGAGGAGGUCGGCGGGAGGGUGUUGCUGGAGGUGGCUGUGGAGGAGGGAGUGGUUUGUGUUGUGGAGGAGGCACGUGCCRUCGUGGUGACGACCGUGAUGGAGGGGUUGUUCCCUUMGAGCGUGGUGACGCRGUCGGAUAUGGACGACACGUUAGCCUUUAUGUCUUCGAGAGAGGCGGUGACGGAGGUUUCGAGGGUGUUGAGUGCGUGGAGGAUGGCGAAGAGGUCGGGAGUGGCGGUGUUUGCUGGUGGUAGUUCGCCUACGAGAUUGCGGGCGAUGCUGUCGACCGAGUCGGUGCGGAUGUCAGACAUGUUGAUGGAGGAUGUGGCCAUGUCGGGGGAAGAGAGGGUGGAUGACAUGGCCGAAGCGGAAGUGGAGGAUGCGGCAGUAGCGGUGGCGGCGCCAUGAGCGGCGGCGUCGGCGGCGGAGCAUUGGGAGUUCUUGGUUUGGCGUGGUGGCAUGUGGAGAAGGGGGGACAAUUCCUAUUUACAAGAGUAGAGCGUCAACAACUGAGGUAGUAGAGAAUCGCAGAACAAAAAUUAAUUUUGAAU